AUGUGGAGGCCUGGAAGGCUUGAUGUCGUAUUAUGUAUGCCACCACCUGACCGCUCAGUAAUGGAAGCUCAUGCAUGGAACCCUAAUGACCGCUCGUUAAAUAUCUUUGUUAAAGAUGAUGACCAUCUUACGUUUCACAGACAUCCAGUUGCGCAAUCAACUGACUGUAUUCGUGGCAAGAUAGGCUACACCGAUGGUUUCCACGUUUGGGAAAUUACUUGGCCGAGUAGGCAGCGUGGCACUCAUGCUGUAGUUGGAGUUGCGACGAAAGCAGCUCGCUUACAUAUUGCUGGUUAUAGUUCAUUAAUUGGAUCAGACAGUGAAUCUUAUGGAUGGGAUAUAAGUACGUUACAUUCGUUCAGUUUUUUUGUCCCAAUAAGUCGUGAAGACAAUUACAUGGUUCCUGACCGUUUUCUCUGUAUUUUGGAUAUGGAUGCUGGCUACAUGGCCUUUGCAUCAGAAAGUCAGUACUAUGGAGUUGCAUUUACGGGUCUAAAAGGCAAAAAGCUAUAUCCAAUCGUGUCUGCCGUGUGGGGGCAUUGCGAAAUAACGAUAAAAUACCUUGGAGGCCUUGAAUCGGAGCCUCUACCACUGAUGGACAUAUGCCGUCGCGCAAUUAGAACUCAAAUUGGUAAACAGAGAAUGAAUCGUAUUUCUGAAUUGCGGUUACCAGUAGGUCUUAAACUAUUAUUGUAUGAAGAAUAA